UUUACAGUUUUAAUUUUACAGUUAAAAAUAUAAAUGUAAAAUUCAUUUCAAUCAAGUCUUUAAUAUUCAGAUUUGUUUCUAAUUAGUUAUCUGAACAAUUGACCCUGAAAAAAGAAAGCAAAAAAAAGGUUAUAAAAAAUGCAUGAACUAUGAGAGCUAAUUCAAUAUACAAUGGUCCACCAUGCUAUUCUACGGUCAAGAUUUUGUAAAAUACAUGUGAAGUUAAAAUUUAAUAAAGAGAAGAAAAAAAGAAAAGAAAAAGUCAGUAGUUCAGGGAGAGGAAGAACAGAGACGACUCUCUUUACCUCUCAUCUCCUCUUCCUUCCACAAAGAUGGAUUCAAAACCCUAAUUUCUCCUCCAAAAUCAUUCUCACCACCAAUUCCUCACCGUUGAUUUUGUGAAGAAGAUGGGUAAAAGCGGACGGCUCAGAUGGAACCCUUUCAGCCACAGAUCCUCUUCAUCAAGACAGGAACAGAACCAACAACAACAACAACCUCCAAUUGAAUUCAUAUGUCCAAUUUCAAAAACCAUAAUGUCCGACCCCGUCGUCGUCUCCUCCGGUCAAACCUUCGAACGUGUAUGCGUCCAAGUCUGCCGUGACUUAGACUUCAUCCCCAAACUCAAUGACCUUAACGACUCUCUGCCCGAUUUCUCCACCGUGAUCCCUAACCGCAACAUGAAAUCAACAAUCGAGGCCUGGUGCGACUCCGUCGGCGUGGAACGACCUCAUCCGCCGGAUUACUCCGCCGUGGAAACCAAUCUCCGGCACCAGAUGCCGCCGUCGUCGUCGUCGGAAACGGAGAUCCGCGUCUCGGAGCAGGAGCUGCUGAGAGCGGUGGCGGACCGAGCUCCCGUGAUAUACCACCACGCUGACUCUGACCUAAUGGGCCGGAGAAAGCCCACCGGGGAUUUCAACUCCACUAGCUCUGAUGAAUCGGUGAUCGUGGCCCAAAGCCCAUUUACUCCUCUCCCUCUAACAACCCGGCCCGCUUGCUUCUCCCCUUCCUCUUCCUCCUCCGAAAUCGAAUUCUCCGCCGCCGCCGCCGCGAAUUCGCCGGAAGAGGAAGAGAUCUACAACAAGCUCAGAAGCUCCGAGGUGUUCGAUCAGGAGCAGGGAUUGAUCAUGAUGAGGAAGAUGACUCGGACCAGAGACGAAGCUAGGGUUUCGCUGUGCUCCUCGAGGAUCCUCGCUCUCCUCAAGUUGAUGAUCGUGUCUAGAUACAGCUUAGUGCAGACGAACUCUCUAGCUUCUCUCGUGAAUCUAUCUCUGGAGAAGACCAACAAGUUAACGAUCGUACGGUUAGGAUUCAUCCCUUUAUUGAUCGACGUGUUGAAGUCAGGAUCCAAGGAGGCGCAAGAGCACGCCGCGGGUUCGAUCUUCAGCCUCUCGUUGGAAGACGAUAAUAAAAUGCCUAUAGGAGUUUUAGGCGCGCUUCAGCCGCUUCUCCACGCGCUUAGAGCGGCCGAGAGUGACCGUACGCGCCACGACGCGGGUCUAGCGUUGUAUCAUUUGUCUUUAAACCAAACGAAUAGGUUGAAGCUUGUCAGGCUUGGAGCUGUUCCGGUUCUGUUCUCGUUGGUUCGGUCUGGCGAGUCCGCGAGUAGAGCGCUUUUGGUUAUAUGCAACUUGGCUUGCUGUAGCGAAGGGCGGUCGGCGAUGCUUGAUGCUAACGCGGUGGGGAUACUUGUUGGGAAGCUGAGGGAGGAGGAGGAGAGGAGGGGGGAGGAGAGUCGUUCUUCGGCGGCGGCGAGGGAGAAUUGCGUGGCGGCGUUGUUCGCGUUGAGUCACGAGAGUUUGAGGUUUAAGGGGUUGGCGAAGGAGGCGAGGUUGGUGGAAGUGUUGAAGGAGGUUGAGGAGAGGGGGACGGAGAGAGCGAGGGAGAAGGCGAAGAAAAUUCUUCAGUUGAUGAGGGAGAGGGUUCCGGAGGAGGAGGAGGAUGAUGGUGAAGGGACGGUUGAUUGGGACAGAGUUAUUCUUGACUCGAACGGGUCGAUUCGGUCGAGGUUUAGAGAUGGUGGUGGUGGUCGGAACAGAAUGGUCACUCAGAAUUCUUCUGGCUUCUAAUUUCUUCUUUCAUGCUUUGUUGUAUAGAGAGAAAAAAUUGGAAAAUGUUUGUCAUGUAUUUUUUUUGUAACUUGUGAUGAUGAUGACUAGAAAAGAAAUGACAGAGAAAGCGUGAGUGAUGUAAAUAUAUGAUGUGUUAUGGGUAUUUUGUAACAUAAACAUUUACAUUAAUCCAAGCUUUACUAAUGUGAAGAAAACUUGUGUAA